AUGCCAAAUAUGAUUGUACCAGUACUGUGGAUAAGGGAGAUAAUAAACAUUGAUGAAAACACAAAGAAUGAUGUGGAAAAAGUCGUGCUCCUGCCACGAUGGGCACGCUUUCUUGGUAUUUUGCUAUUGGGUGCAGGCCUUCUUCUCUGGACAAUUUUCUUGAUAAUCUCAUUGGGGAGAAUAUACUUUAAAAGGAACGAUGAUGAUGAAGCACAUCUGAUUGAAAAUAGCGGGGAAAAUUGA